CCAGUUCGUGGGUUCAUUUCGUGCCGACAACACGGACACUCGCCGCAAGUCGUCCCGUCCUGAGUUUUAUCUACACACACACGUAAUACCGCGUCUUCGUCCUUUCGAUCGCGUCGUCCAAGUCGUGCGUUCCGACCACCGGCCAUAUCAUGCAGACGGCGUACGCGUGUGGCCCGCGAAAAUGCGGCUUGACCGCGGCCAUCGCGGCGGCCCUGUGCGCGACUUGUCUGCUGAACGCCGCCCCGGUGGUUCGCGGCCAGACCGAGACCGUCACGAAAACGCCGGACGUCGGCGGUGGCGGAGGAGGUGGAGGACCGCAAUUGCUGUCGUCGUUGCAACCGCCGACCACCACCGCUCAGCACCACUCCAAGUCUGAAGACUCGGCUAACACGGAACUUCUGAAACAGGUGUUGAUGAAGAAAUGUCUGCACCGGUACACGAUGACGUGCCUGAAACUGGACUUGGUCCGGCUGAUCGACCGGCUGGGCACGGCCCGCGCCUAUCAGCUUGUACCCGGCGUGUCACUCGUUCGAGCUUCGGACGGCAACCAGACGACGGUCACCGGCGGUCACCAGCACCACCAGCAGAACCAGCACCAUCAGCAGCACCACCAUCACGGCGGCAUACCUCCUGACGUGGUCAGGUCACUGGUCCGGGGCAACGAUUCGGCCGACGAAUUGGACGGAUACCUGAUGGAGAAGGUGGACACGUACCUGAACAGUCUGUCCAUCAGCGUCAAGCUGGUCGACUCGACGGUCGUGGAGAAGGUGCGCAAUCUCAGCAGCCAGAUGCUCGUCAACAUACUGCCCACCGGAUUAUUGGAGACCGGACGGGGCAAGAAGGACGGCAUGAAAGCGGCCCUGUGGUCGGCGGGCACGCUGGCGGCGAUCGCCUUCGCUUCGCUGGCCGCCAUGUCGGGCAAGGCGCUGAUGACCGCCAUGCUGGCGCUCGUCCUGGCGGCCGUCUGCGCGCUCAAGGGACACGGCGGAGGCGGCGGCGGCGGCGGCGGCUACGGCAAGACGUCGCACUACGAGAUCAUCACCAAACCGGCCAUCUACGACCACGAACACCUGGUGCACGGCGCGUCGUACUCGUCGGCGCCGUACAGUUACGCCCGGCACCUCACCAUGGACGAGAACGGCGGGACGCAUCACCCGAUCGGACGGGGCCCGCCGCAGCCGCAGCGGAUCAGCGUCGUGCACGCCGCGCCCGCCGCCCCGGCCAACAUCCAGUCCGGAGGCGAGACGUCCGGGCUGGGCGGCCAACAGGCCGGCGACGAGGACGCGGACGACGAGGCCUCCGUGGGCCGGUUGUCUUAUCCGCUGGCGCCGGUCGCUUACAUACCCACCAACAACGCCUGACGUAACGGCCAAUCGGGGUUUCGACGUCGUUUUUCGAAAAUAUUCAGCCGUCCACAUCGCGAUCGACGUUCAUAUUAAUUUAUUAUUGUUACGAUUAUUAUUAUUAUUAUCGAUAUUUAUUUAUUUAUUACUAAUAUUAUUAUAUUAUUUUAAGUAGGUAUUAUACGAAUAUUUAUUUAUUUAUUUAUUUAUUAUAAACAUUAUUAAUAUAUUUUAUUAUAUUUUUAACAUAUUUAUUUUCGAAAA